ACCCUGUUGAACUUUCGAUUGCCAAGAGCUCAAAACUUGAGAAUCAGUCUGAUCUCUCUAGAGGGCUUGUCAGUUGUCACUCUAGUCUAAUCUGAGGAUCUGAGUGAUCUCUGGUGAACUCAAGAAACGGUGGUCAUUUGUCUCAAGUCCAAGCCGGUCCAAGUCGAAGCUCAAGUUGCCGAGCCCUGCGUUCAGGAUACACCUCUCUUUGGACCUCCCACCGUCCCAUCCAUCCCUCCAUCCCUCACACGUCCAAGAUGCCCUCGGCGGCCGAUCUGUACCACUCGGUCAUCAACGACGUCAUCGCCAACGUGCGCGAUUCCUUCAUGGACGAAUCCGUGGACGAGAACGUGCUCCAGGAGCUCAAGCAACUCUGGACUACCAAGCUCGACCAGAGCAAGACUAUCGAACCGCCCGCCCGUAGUCAAGAGAGUCUGUUGGACGCCAAAAUGGCUUCGGCUAGCGCCGCCGGAGGUCGGGGUGGGCCUGCCCCGCCGCCCGUCAAUCAACGUAUGCCCGCGGGAAUGGCUGGAGCUCGAGGCGGCGCUCCGGGUGGAGCGGCCGGCGGUGGUUCAGUGGGCAGUCAACAAUUGGUGAUCACGGACCCGAGUCGCCUAGUUCCGGUGCAAAUCACCAUUCCGGCCCAGCCCAACAACCCCAGCUCUCAGCCACGCGCACUGACCGUGCAAGUCCCGGCCCACGCCCUUCAACAGUCUAGUAACACGUCAGCCUUGUUGCAAACCGUACUGACUCAGGCCAUUACGCAGGCCUUGGCUUUGCCUGAAAGUCACGCCGCAGUCUUUCUCCAAUCGCAAAUUAAUAACGCCUUCAAGUUGAGCUCGUAACCUUGUCAGACGGAGGGUGGGAUAUAUAUGGGACCUGCCAUUGUGGUUUUUUUUUUUACAUUCAGUAUCAUGAAAAAAGGGGCGGGCGCGGAGGCCGGCUCAAUAAAGACGCGUGACUCGA